AUGUCAAAGUCAAAUCUCCUUGAUCUCUGCUCUCGCGAACACAGACAACCCCCACUUACGUGGCAGUGCCAGGUUUCCCAGACCGUCUCCGAAGAGCCAAAAGCUGUUGCCAAGCGCAAGCAGCAUCCGAAGCGGAGGGCGAAGAAGCCAAAGGAGGAAACUCAGGAAAUGGAAGCCGUCCCAGCUGAGGUGCCCAGGAGGCAACGCCACGGCAGCAAGGCAAACCUGCCAGCGAAGCAAUCUGCCAUGCAGACGAAGACAAAUGCCGCCAGCCAGGCUUCGGCAAGUUGCAACCAACCGCAGGAUGGGCUCGGACAUGGAUCUGGCGAAGCUGGAAUGCCACAGAAGAUGACAUCGGCGGGUGCUCCAGAGCGUCAACAGUCGGAGGAAUCCGUUCAAGGAGCUGUCGGCGAGGAGUCUACUUCUGAAGGGAUGGCAGGAUCCGAUGUAGAACCAGCAGUUGUCAAAACUACAUCUCAAAAUGGGCCGGCAGGUCAUGCGAAGGCGGGCAUCGCCACAGGCACAGUUCCGGACGUCGGAGGUGUAUGUGUGGGACUUUUCGAAAGCUUCUAUGCUGAGCGCAUCGAUGUCCAGGACCUUGUUGCCCUGAUGCGACGCUUCUCACACGAGAACGACGGCAAUCUGCGGCGCAUCCAUCAAAAGGUGGUGGCCCUGCUCCUGGAGGAUUUUCAGUCUCUGCCACACUGGCCCGAAAAAGAGCUCCUGCGGACCGGCGAGCUCUUGGGCCAACUCAUCCGUUGGAACUUGAUUCCGGAUCGCGGCCCUUUGCAAAGAGCACUGUGUUGCAUGCUGCAUGCUCUGAGAGAGCCCGCAAAUAGCUUGCUCCACAGGUUCGGGCACCGAAUGCUGGAGCAGUUUAGGUCCAGACUUGGCGACACCGAAGUGGGUUUGACGCUGUCCCGGCACAUUCUCCAACCCAGCCUUCGCCUAGAGGAGCAGGACCGCAAGGAGGUCAGACGUUCAGUGCAGGAAGUGCCAGCAAGCCCGAAAAUCGCGAGUGCUCCGUGGUGUUUGCCGAAUCGCAACCUCGAGCAGCAGUUCCGCAUGCCAGUGGCUCCUGUGCAGGUGUCUCAAACCCUGCUUGGCAGCGUGCCGAGCGCGACACCACUUCGAUUGCAAGGCCCUGCAGGCAUCCAAGCCUCCGGUGUGGCAUGGACGUUCGGCGGCAGUGCUAAGGCACCGCCACGGGUCAAACAAGGCACAGCGGCAUCGACGGAGGAGAAGCGAGACCGUGAAACGAAAGGAAAGCAGAGCAAGCGUAGUUCUGCAAAAAAGAAAGCUGCUGCAAACCAGGAACAGCGUUCUUCCGGUAAAGGCAAAAGUUGGCCAGCCUUCAUUGAAGUAGAGCUGGACACGCUGAAGUUCUGCCUUACGGACGACGACGUGCAGAUUGCAAGUCGUGCACAGCCUGUUCACUUGGAUGCAGCUGCUUCGUCCAACGAUAGGAGCAAGCCAGACACGAGACUGCAAACGGGCAGCUGCAGCGAGCAAGUGCCUGAAAGUGCGUAG